AUGGGUGGAACAAACUUUAACGGAACUCAUCACCCUGUCGUUGAUUUUCGGCGACGAGAGGUCGGUGGUAUCUCCUCCCGUAAUUUCUCCAAUCGCUUCUCCGCCUCCGAGAAUCUGGUUCUGCGUCUAGAUAUAUAUCGGAAGCUAGUGAAGCACAAAGGCUGUGUUAACACAGUGAGCUUCAAUGCUGACGGAGAUCUUCUGAUUUCGGGCUCCGAUGAUCGGCGUGUCAUUCUUUGGGAUUGGCAGCUUGGGAACGUUAAGCUUUCGUUCCACUCAGGUCACGCCAAUAACGUGUUCCAGGCCAAGUUUAUGCCUUUCUCUGAUGAUCGAACCAUUGUCACCUGUGCCGCUGAUGGAAUGGUUCGGCGUGCGAGUAUUCUUGAGAGUGGGAAAGUGGAGACGUCUUUCUUGGGAUUGCAUCAAGGAAGAGCUCAUAAGCUGUGCAUUGAGCCAGGGAACCCUCAUAUAUUCUACACUUGUGGUGAAGAUGGAUUAGUACAACGUUUUGAUCUGAGGACUCAAGCGCCUACAGAGCUUUUCACAUGCCAAUCGGUUGAGCCUUGGAGGAGGGAGAUGGAAGAAGCAAUCCAGCUAAACGCAAUUGCGAUUGAUCCGAGAAACUCCAACCUCUUUGCUGUUGGUGGAAUGGAUGAGUAUGCUCGUCUUUAUGAUAUCCGUAGGUUUCAGGGCGGCGGUGCAAACGAUUUUAGCCAAGCUGCAGAUCAUUUUUGCCCUCCACACCUUGUCGGCAAUGCGCAAGUUGGAAUCACGGGUUUGGCCUUCUCGGAGCAAAGCGAGCUCCUUGUUUCAUACAACGAUGAACUCAUUUACCUUUUCACACAAGAUAUGGGACUAGGAUCUAACCCUAUCCCAUCUUCCCGGGUGUCCAAGAGCAGUGGAUCAAAAUCAGAACCAGCUUCUUCUCCAAAAGAUGAUGGUAAAGAUUCUGUUCCUAUGGUUUAUAAGGGGCACAGGAACAGUGAGACGGUUAAGGGUGUGAAUUUCUUUGGACCUCGGUCUGAGUAUGUGGUUAGUGGGUCAGACUGUGGCCGGAUAUUUAUUUGGAGGAAGAAAAGUGGAGAGCUUGUACGUGUUAUGGAAGGAGAUAGGCAUGUUGUUAACUGUAUCGAGCCUCAUCCUCAUAUGCCAGUGCUUGCUAGCAGCGGAAUUGAAAGUGACAUCAAGAUGUGGACCUCAAUGGCAGCUGAGAGAGCCACAUUACCUGAUAACAUCGAACUGCGGAAGCGAAAGCCUAGAGGAUGGAUAUCUACGCCGCAGGAGCUAUUGGCACAACUCUUCUCGCUGCAAAACCGAAGCAGUUUCAGUCCAGAGAGUGAGAGAGAAGGAGGAUCUUCUUCAGCUGCUGGAAGAGAACUUCUUGAUCUUAUCCUCACUUUCAAUGAUGAUGACAGCGACGAUGAUAACGUCUCUGAUGAUGAAGAUGAUGGUAAUAGCCGUGAAGACUUCUUCUGUUAG